UGCAUUCAACAUCAAUCACAGCCAAUGCACGGGCGCGUACAGUCCUCCGUCUAUCAGUUGGAAAGAGCUAUCGCCUCGGGUGUGGGAUAUGCGCCUCUCCGCUCUGUUAUCCCGUAAAAAUCUGAUCCUCUUUUUUUGCUGGAGCUGUAAGCGGCUCCAGUGGACAUGCUGUUUAUUUCUCAUCCACGCACAGCCUAAAGUUGGGACUUGGGACUUUCAGCACCACUUUUUCCGUGGACAGCGCUCACAGUGAUUCUGGGAGAUCGACACAGCCUCGAAAUGCGCGUGGAUUCCUGUUGGAUACUAUUCAGAAAACAUGUGUAGAGGUUUUUUUUUUUCUUUUUCUAUCCCUCUUUCUUUUUUAAGCAAUAACUGCUCAGGAAAUCCUCCCUUCAUAUACUGAUGCACCUAAAGAAAUACGAUUUCCCCCCUUGGAUAUGGGUCAAUUCAUAUAGAUUCCUCGUGGGCAGGAGAGAGGGGAAUUCACUCUAAAGCCUGUGGACCUGACAAGGCCUAAGGGCUCUGACAUACACCAAAUCCCUGCCCAGGGGAACAGAGGAGAUUAAAAACUUCUGAUUGAGGUGGAGAGGAAAAAGAGACAGAGAGGGAGGUAGAGAGAAAAAAAAAGCUUAUCAUUCACCUCUGUUCUUCUUAAUGCCCCAGGUAAAGGAUCUCCACAGGCAACUCUGUGAAUAGCAAAAGACACAAACACAGCUGCCCACUACAGCGGUCAGAUGAUGGAGUGAGGGAGUGAAAGGAGAGAGGAGAACAGGAUUACAUCCUGUGACAGAACCAAGCUCAAAUUUUACAUAAAUUAUAUACCUAGGAGAGAGCAGAGACAUGAGAGGGAGCCUUUUAUGCAUCAACCACUUCAAGGGGCACUGCAAUUAACCCUCUGGCCAUCAUAAAAUAAUACCUGGCUUUUCUGGUUUUCUGAUUGUUGGUGCGGCUGUGUGCUUGGACCCUGAUCAUGUUUCAGCUCCCAGCGUGCAGACCAAAUCGGACCGGCUGUCGACGAUACGGCCAAAUUCUGCCGCUGUCGCUCCUGCUGCUGCUUCUUUAUGGCUCCCUCAAGGCCACUCAGGGUGCCAAACCCAAAGGGCCAGGACAAACACAUUUGAACUCCAUCCGCAUAGACGGAGAUAUCUCCUUAGGUGGGCUUUUCCCGGUACAUGCCAGGGGCCACGAUGGAAAGCCCUGUGGGGAGCUGAAGAAAGAGAAGGGUAUACAUAGACUAGAGGCCAUGCUCUUUGCCCUUGACCGCAUCAAUAAUGACAAUAAUCUACUGCCUAACAUCACGCUGGGAGCUCGGAUCCUGGACACCUGUUCCAGGGACACUCAUGCCUUAGAGCAGUCACUCACCUUUGUCCAGGCUCUGAUCGAAAAGGAUGGGACAGAUGUCAAAUGUCUCGGUGGAGGAGCGCCGAUUAUCACCAAACCUGAGAGGGUGGUGGGUGUCAUUGGAGCCUCUUCAAGCUCCGUUUCCAUCAUGGUAGCCAACAUACUGCGCUUGUUUAAGAUACCGCAGGUGAGCUACGCCUCCACAGCUCCAGAGCUCAGUGACAACACCCGGUACGACUUCUUCUCCCGCGUGGUGCCUCCAGACACGUAUCAGGCCCAGGCCAUGGUGGACAUUGUUAAGGCUAUGCGCUGGAACUAUGUUUCCACAGUGGCCUCGGAGGGGAACUAUGGAGAGAGCGGCGUUGAUGCGUUCAUUCAGAAGUCUCGGGAGGAUGGCGGUGUUUGCAUCUCACAGUCAGUCAAGAUUCCCCGGGAGCCUAAACAGGGAGAGUUCGACAAGGUCAUCCGGAGACUCAGAGAAAAUCCAAAUGCACGGGUUGUCAUACUUUUUGCCAACGAAGACGAUAUCAGGCGGCUUCUCCAUGCAGCAAAAAAGGCCAACCAGACGGGUCAUUUCAUCUGGGUGGGUUCAGACAGCUGGGGCUCCAAAAUCUCUCCAGUUGUGCAGCAGGAGGAGAUGGCAGAAGGAGCAGUCACCAUCUUGCCCAAGCGUCAGUCCAUCAAAGGGUUUGAUCGUUACUUCAUCAGCCGAACGCUGGAAAACAACAGAAGGAAUAUCUGGUUUGCUGAGUUCUGGGAGAACAACUUCAGCUGCAAACUCAGCCGCCAUGCUGUGAAGAAAGGGUCUGGGCUCAAAAAGUGCACAAAUCAGGAGCGAAUAGGAAAAGAUUCACAUUAUGAGCAGGAGGGAAAGGUGCAGUUUGUCAUUGAUGCAGUCUAUGCAAUGGCUCAUGCUUUGCACAACAUGCACCAGGAGCUCUGCCCAGGGAAGGUGGGUCUCUGCACCAAAAUGGAUCCCAUCAAUGGCACCCAUCUGCUCAAGCAUAUCCGACGGCUAAACUUUGCAGGCAUAGCUGGCAACCCAGUGCUGUUCAAUGAAAAUGGAGAUGCCCCUGGGCGCUACGAGAUCUACCAAUAUCAGAUGAGAAACCAGACAGCUGAAUAUAAAGUCAUCGGUAACUGGACGGACCAACUUCAUCUGAAUGUCCGUUCAAUGCAGUGGCCAGGCGGCAUCCGUCAGAUCCCCUCCUCAAUCUGCAGCCAGCCCUGUCAGCCAGGCGAGCGCAAGAAGAUUGUGAAGGGCAUCCCUUGCUGUUGGCACUGCGAGCGCUGCGAUGGCUAUCAGUAUCAGGCAGACACCUACACAUGUAAGAUGUGCCGCUUUGAUUUGCGGCCCAAUGAGAAUCACACAGGCUGCGUUCCAAUCCCCAUUGUUAAGCUGGAGUGGAGCUCCCCCUGGGCAGUCAUCCCUGUGCUUAUCGCAGUUGUUGGCAUCAUGGCCACGUUGUUUGUCGUGGUCACAUUCAUCCGAUACAAUGACACUCCGAUUGUGAAGGCAUCGGGCCGGGAGCUGAGCUACGUGCUGCUAACUGGCAUCUUCCUCUGUUACGCCACAACUUUCCUGAUGAUUUCUACCCCUGAUGUUGGAAUCUGCUCACUCCGCAGGAUCUUCUUGGGUCUGGGGAUGAGCAUUAGUUAUGCUGCUCUGCUCACCAAGACCAAUCGCAUUUACCGCAUCUUCGAGCAGGGCACCAUGUCUGUGAGUGCGCCCAGGUUCAUUUCUCCAGCCUCCCAGCUCGUCAUCACGUUCACCCUUGCCUCAGUGCAGCUGCUUGGAGUGUGCAUCUGGUUUGGCGUGGAUCCCUCCAAGGCCAUUAUUGACUAUGAGGACCAAAGGGCGUCUAACCCGGCACUAGCUCUUGGUGUGCUCAAGUGUGACAUCUCUGACCUGUCUCUCAUCUGCCUCCUGGGCUACAGCAUGCUGCUCAUGGUCACCUGUACAGUCUAUGCCAUCAAAACUCGAGGGGUGCCUGAGACCUUCAAUGAGGCCAAACCCAUUGGUUUUACCAUGUACACCACCUGCAUCAUUUGGCUAGCAUUCAUCCCAAUCUUCUUUGGCACUUCGCAAUCCACAGAAAAGAUGUACAUUCAGACCACCACACUGACUAUCUCUGUGAGCCUGAGUGCAUCAGUCUCCCUCGGGUUGCUCUACAUGCCCAAGGUCUACGUGAUUCUCUUACACCCUGAGCAGAAUGUGCCUAAACGCACACGCAGCCUCAAGGCCGUAGUUACUGCUGCCACCAUGUCCAACAAGUUCAACCCCAAGGCCGGACUCAGACCCAACGGAGAAGCCAAGACCGAGCUGUGCGAAAGCCUCGAAACACAAUCUUUCUCGACAAAGCAAACCUACAUCAGCUACAGCAACCAUGCAAUCUAGAGGACAAAGGUUCUUAUCGCGAUCCAGGAAAACCACCCCGGCAGAGAAAAAAAAAUACACGCAGUGGAAUUUCACACGGCUUAAAAAAUAAAAAAAAAAAAGAGGAUGUGUCAUUGUGCGGGUGGAGAUCACAGAAGCCCAAAGACGUGACAUGGUGAGGAGAGACCACAAAGAGGGGCAGGGAUGGACAAAACAGACGACCAGAACAGAUAACUGUACAAUUUUAAGGUUCCAUCUCCUGUCAGCCUCACAAGAAAACAUCAAUUAAAAGAAAGAAAAAUACUUGCAUGGCAGAGGCCUAGAGACUGAAGGAUGGAGCUUUCUUGUAGAGUGUUUACAUUUCAGCUAUUCCCUCUUUCAAAGACUCCUGUCAUCUUGCACAGUGUUGACUGGAGCUGAACUCAAAUAUGUUUCAGGCGUUCCUAAUGUUAUCUUUAAAUCCUCUCAAGGCAUCACAAGGGAUUAAUCAACACCAAAAAAGGCAUGAAAACAUGGUCCAUGGAUUUCUAAGAGGGGCUUGUGUUUGUUUUUUCUUUUUAAAUGUAUUUCAGUCUCAUGAGUCAGAAAUGAAGGGGGGGAUCAUUUCAACAAUGCAAGGGAUUUGGACCAGACUAUACGUAUUUUUCUUUUUUUCUUUCUCAGCAUCCCACUGAGUUAACGAGAACAACUACGUAUAUGAGGAUCUCUGCCAAUUUUGAGCAUGCCAGUUUCAACAUCCUGUGUUGUGUUGUUUAAAGAAUAAGUAAUAAAAAAAGAGAAAAAAUAAUAUCUUUGGAAUGCAUUUAAAAUCUGUUGCAGCGUUGUUAACAAUUGUUUGGGCCCAAGCCUAUUGUACGUUAAAAUUUGUUCUCAAUUGGUAAAGGUCUAGUGAGUGAUUAUCUGUGCUUAAGUGAGGUCAUGAUUUGUAUUACCAGCUGCAAGGCUGCCACUGUCCUCCACAUACCUGUUUGUGCUUUGAAACAGUGGCUCGUGGUUAAAAUAUACCCUAUUUUAGCCAGGAGAUCUCAUUAUGAGCUGUCAUCCAGGAUGACCCUCCCAUCACUGCCACCAGCUAUUCUCUUGGUCACCUGUGCAAAAUGUGAGGUUGAAGCUUGGCUGUACAGAUCCAUUAGCAAGGGAAUUAAGAUGAAGUAUGCCCUUGAGAGGAUCAUGCAGUUCGCCCUUAGGGUGAUAUCCAUAAUGGGCCUACUACCGAGAAAAUUCAUUACUGUACAUGUCCUCUUCAGGCACUCUCAUGAUAAGGAAGAGGUGUCGGGAAGUUGGAAGGCAUUUCACCAAUGAAAAUCUAAUUGCUAAAAUAUACUGUAUCUCUAUCAGUCAUCCUGAGCUCGCUGAACAGAUUAAUAUUUGCCUUUGUGCGAUAUAAGAGCCCUUCUAAUGUCUUGGGAAAAACGUUGUGGGGUCAUUUGUGUUGUGAAUUCAGUGCUGCUUCUCAUGCCUCCCUCUGUAUUACUUUCAACACCAUUUGUGUUGCAGAAUAAAAUGUGAGUGCUGACCAAAUUAAAUGGUAAGUUAGUGUAUGUUAUUAAAUAGAUCGAUGAUGUGUGCUUUAUGUCCUGACAUAUCUUAAAUUGGGGAAAAUGUACAAAAAGAUACAGUGCCUGGCUAUCUGACUAUGUAUUUGUAAAACCUCAUGAAAACUACAGUGUGUGAAGCAUGUUUAUUUUUUUUUUAUACAAAAUUUAUUAUUUCUAUUAAAAA